AAAGCACUAUUUGUCUACCUUGGAUAAAAACCUUGUAUCGUUAUAGCCGAAGCGAGCUCCUCACCAUGUCGCCUUUUACUCCCCAACCUAAUAGCCUAGAAAAGGCCAUCUCGGAAAGCGAUCUAGCAGCUGUCCAAACCCUGUACGCCGGGACGGCACCUGCACAACAGCCGGCAUUCCUUGCUAAGACUGCCGAGCGCGCGGCGCGCCGAGCCCAGAUCACGAUUCUCGACUGGUGCUUCCGCGCGGGGCUCGCGGUGCCACAAGGCGAGACUCUCAACAACGAACUGUACGACCAGGCUUGCUUCUCGCGCUCGCCAGCCGUGUUUGAGGUACUGGCUGCCCACGGUUGGGAUCUCAACGCACAUCACAGCGAAUUUGUGGGUGACGCACUGAGCCUCGCGGCGUACCAUGGAGACACCGCGCUCGCCGAGUUCCUGCUAGAGCAUGGCGGUGUUGACCCGAACCAGGCCUGGGGUUACCAGGAGCACGAGGCCGGCGUCUGGGCCGUCGUUGGGCCGCAUCGAUCGCCCGAGUUUUUACGAACCAUGUUGUCCCACGGCUGGAAGCAGGCCGACAGCACUGCUCAUAUCGCGGCUGCAGAGCACGGCGAUAUGGAGAUCCUCCGCCUGCUCGUAGAGGCCGGCAGUGCCAAACUAGAAGCCACGGAUCCCUGGUGGGGCAACCCGACGGAGAUCGAGGCGGAUCGGUGGGGCACGGCGCUGUACCGGGCUGCCUUAAAGGGCCAGGAGGACGCCGUGGCGUAUCUUCUCGAGAAAGGAGCGGAUCCUUCGUUCAAGGAUGAGAAGGGGAGGUCUUGCGCUUGGGCGGCGAGAGAAGGGGGCAGUCAGAGGAUUGUUGAGAUGUUGGAGGAGAAAGGGGUAAAAGAGUAAUGUAGGGAAGAAGAGAAGAGAAUGUUAGUGGGGCGUUAUCUAUAGGGGCUUCACGAAAGGAAUGGUAG